AUGAGGCUUCUCUUCUGGUUCCUUCUGGCCGUGGUCUUGAGCAUGGAGCUAGCUGUAACACAGGGCAUGUUUUGCCACCUGUGCAAAGGAUUUGGAGGCUGCUCUCAUCCUUUCGGCUGCCCAGGGAACACCACCCACUGUGUCAUCAUUGCCACCCGGUCUCCCAUCAGCUUUACAGACCUGCCUCUGGUGACGAAGAUGUGCUACAAUACCUGUCCUGAUGUCCCCAGCUUGGGCUUGGGCCCUCAUGUUUCCAUCGUUUGCUGCCAGUCUAAUCUCUGCAACAGGGACUGACACACUCCUCCGCUACCAGCCAGCUCCACAGAGCCAUGCCAUCCAUGUCCCCUGCUCAGGCCUGGUCCUUGGAGAUCAUUCCACCUUGAUCAUCCCAAAGCCCGCGGGUUCAUACUUCUUCAGGAAGUUCUGAAUGAAGUCCUGUUUAAAUCUUCUGUGGUACAAACUUAAGAUCCUAUCUGUGGGUCACCCUCAGUAUCAACAAAUCCCCCAAUAAAAGCUACCUGGAUCCAU